GGAAUCCAACAACGUUCAUAUGAUUUGAAAUCGAGUGUGAAACUAUUCAAAGAUUUGAAUUUACUAACAAAAGAUGAGGCAUUCCGUAAUGCGACGACAAUAUAUCCGGUCACAUCAAUGGAUGAUUUCUAUCGUUUGCAUGCCUACUUUUCAAAGUAUCACUUAGAAAUUGUUCAACAAAAUAGUGCCGAACUGGAACAGAAAUCGUAUCGCAUAGCGAAUGGGACAAUUUCAAAUAAUAUACUCGAAAUACGUUGGCCAUUGGGUGUACCGUUGGCUAGUGCACCAGAGACACGUCACGACAUUAUUCGGUGGCAUUAUAUGAAUCAGACACAUAUCUUCCUACCGAAUGAUGCAAAUAAUGUUGAACCUCUGCCCGCCAUUGAGGCAGAUGAUUUGGAAAAGGUGCUGGAGAUAACACGACAAUAUGCUAAACAUAAAUUUCCAAAUAUGAUUUAUGUUGGAAUACAUAGUAUCUAUCGAAGAUUUGAUGCGACUCGUGGUAUGGAUUAUCGUAUACAUUUGCUGUUGCGUGAUACCGGGCGAAUAUCGGCAUUGACUCAACGUGGACCGGAAAUAAAAAAUUUCCAAAUUGUUAAGCCAUUGGGAAGGGUGGAAGUGGUCCCGUCACCAUAUGUUACGGAAUCGACACGUAUUGCCAUUUUGGUGCCCACUUUUGAACAUCAAAUGGAAGAGGCUCUGCAGUUUAUCAAUCAAUAUGAAAGGACUUGUAUGAGAAAUCAGGAUAAUACGUUCUUGUUGUUGAUUUUCAUGUAUCGCACCGACUCGGCCAGCAAAGGCGACAAUGAUCCCUUCAAAGUGGCGAAAACUCUUGCCUUAGAUCUAUCAUCGAAAUAUAAAACCGAUGGCUCUCGGAUAGCAUGGGUAUCCGUAAGAUUGCCCCAGCAACUGAGUGAGUCAUCCACCAAUGAAGACAUCAUGCUUAGCUCCGUAUAUGGCCGCAAUGAAAUACUUAGCAUUGCUGUGGCCGAUCUUGCCCUACCCAAACUAGGUUUGGAUAGUUUAGUUUUAAUGGCCUCCAAUUCGAUUACCUUUAAACCAGAUUUCCUCAAUCGGGUUCGCAUGAAUACCAUCCAAGGCUUCCAGGUCUAUUCGCCAAUUGGUUUCAUGAUGUACCCAUGUAAACUUGCCGGAUUUUGUAAGGAAUGUGAAACAUGUGAUGUUAGCCAAAGUACAGGGUACUUUGAUAAAUGGAAUUAUGAUAUUGUAUCGUUUUAUAGUCGUGAUUAUGUUCAAGCUCGCAAAAUUAUUGAAGCAUCUGUACCGAUAACACGUUCGGACAACGAUAUUGAACGGCUGCUAACACGACCAAACAAAAAAAUCAACAAUGUUCUUGAUAUGUUUGUCGGAUCACAGCUGCCGGUACAUAUUUUGCGUGGUGUUGAACCCAAUCUGCGUUAUGGUGGAGCCAUUAAAAAUUUCAUCGAUCGACAAAGUUAUGAAACGAAACCAAUACCAAAAUGUCCACUAGACAAUAGAGAAGAUGAUCAAGCGGAGGCAGCAGCAGCAGCUGAAGAUCCCUCAAAUGCCAAACAACGAAGUACGACGACAACAACAGAUGAACAUAAGUGCAUACAUUUGGCAUCGAGAAAACAUAUCGGCGAUGCCAUAAUACGUUACGAAGAUAAAAGUAUUAUACACAAAUGA